AGAUCUUAUUUGGAGUUAUUUUAACCAUCUUAAAAAAGUAUAGUUAUAAUAAUAUAACAAAUCUGCCUUCCUUGAUUAUUUUAAUUAAUUUUAACGUGUUCUCGCGAUUAUAGAGUAAGAAAUCCGACCCCCCGACCGCCAAAUCCUGGCUCCGCCCCUGAUAUAUUGGCAUUGUAAUGAUCAGCGACGACAUGUUCGCUUUUCGUUUUUGAAGGUGUUUCUCGAUUUAUUUUUCUAGAAAGAAUUGACUAAUUUUGUGUAGUAGUUCUCUUUUGAAACUCACAAGUCAAUAAGUCAUAUCUAGAUGGAUGUGUCAUGUGUUGGCGCGAGGACUGGAACCAGGAUGCUUGAAGAAUUGUCACCAAGAUAUGCAGGGUCUAAAAUACUUUCAAGUUGCAAACUGUUUCGUUUGGUUUAGUUAUGUUUGAUCACUGAAUUUUGCUUUGUGUGACACUUGAGUCCAGUUUGUGACUUUGUGUUUCUGCGAGCUUAUCCGAACCUGGUCGAGCUAGUGGCUCAAGGGUUAAUGGGUCAUCCUUUUUAGCCCGAUUUAGCCCAGAAAUAUGGAAAGAGUCAUUAUAUUGUACUUAUCUUGAUAAAUUAUAUCAAAUCUCAUCUAACAUAUUAGUAAUAACAUACAGGAUUACACAAAAAUAACUUGUCGUACUUAGAUCCAACAUAUGAUGAAAAUUCACACACACUUAUAUAACAUCAAUAUUCAAAUGUUCAACUUAGUAUUAAAAAGAUUGAGUUAGGCGAAAAGAAAAAUCGGAAUAUAGGCGCAUUUCGCAAACCCAAGAAAAAUAAAUGACACGAUUUGACUUUCAAUCCGGUAUCUUGUAGCGGUCGACCCGACGAGUGCAUGCGACCCGCUUUUCUCACUGAGUCAGGAUCAAAGUGGGUCGACCCGCGGGUGUUGAAUAGUCUUGUGUGUUUUGUUAGUUGUUGAAGCAAAUCGAUCACGGUUGCCACAUGUUAGGGUAAUGGGUUGGUCCUUGCUCUGUUUUAUAACUAAUGAUUUGGGCUAAAACAUAAAGAGGCCCAGAAUACCGUAAGCAUAGUCCAGUCCAGAGAAAAUCGAUAUCAAGAGUCAAGCCCAGUAAAUGUGUCGGCAGCGUCAACGUCAACGUCAACGGCAAGCCGGCAACGGCAACUAAAAGUCUUCGAUGAAACGAAAGAAUGGAGAUAAGACAAUCAUGACCACAAAACAUAGAGACCCAUUUUCUAUGAAACUGCAUAAUUCACCAUUCAUUUGCUCUCCCGCGCUAGCUAGCAACUAGUCAGAGUUCUUCGCAGCAGCUUCUUGCGCCCUUCCUUCAUUCGCUUCUUGUCAUCAUUCAAACUCUUGAAAAGCCGAGUGAAGCUAGCUAACCAAGCACCUGAUCCCUGCAUCAUCUUCCUCAAGAGAAUUGGCUCCUCCAACUGCGGGUGCGUCUGUCCAUCCCCCUGUCCCCGGAACAUUCAAACCUUUUUUCGUUUCGUAUGUCAUCGUCUAGAGCGAAUCAAACCUUUCCUUUGUAGCUGUCUUUCGAAUCAAUCGUGAUUGCUUUCUUUGAAUCAUCGAUGCAGCGAGAAAUGGAAUCCUCCGCUGCCGCUUCUUCUUCCUCUGCGCUGCCGCAGUCUGUUGCUCUUCCCGCAGGGGAUUAUGAGGUUUUUAUGAGCUUCAGGGGUCCCGAUGUUCGCAACAAGUUUGCCAGUCAUCUCUACACCUCCUUAAAACGUGCCAAGAUCCGCACGUUCAGGGACGAGGAAGAGCUUCAGAAGGGGGAAGGGAUCGCGCCUUCCCUAGUCCUUGCCAUCCCGGAUUCGAAGAUCUACAUCCCGAUUUUAAGCGAGCAGUAUGCUUCCAGCAAAUGGUGCCUUCUAGAACUGGCUCAAAUGGUGGAGUGCUGGAAGCAGGGGAAGGGACACAUCAUCCUCCCCAUCUUCUACUUUGUUAACCCAAGAGAUGUGCGACAUCAACAGGGUUCUUACCAGCAAGCGUUUGAACAGCACACCCACAAACAUAGCCCGGAAAUUGUGAAGGAAUGGAAGGAAGCACUUCGAGAGGUCGGGCAAAUGAAGGGAUGGCAUGUUACAGAAUCUUGCAGUGAGGGCACUAUUGUAGACGAGGUCCUUUCUAAAGUUGAAUCACAUUUGAUGAGUAUGUACACAUUGGUGACCGACGAGUUAGUGGGGAUCGAUACUCCCGUGGAGGAAGUGAUGGAGUUAUUGGAUUUAGGGUCUUCCGACGAGAAAGUUACCAUUGGCAUUCAUGGUAUGGGUGGUCUAGGUAAAACUACACUUUCCAAAGCCGUCUAUAACACGAUAUGUUCUAAAUUUGAUCGUUGUUGUUAUCUCGAGGAUGUACGAGAAGCUCUAGCAAAGAGCAACGGAGUUGUAUCUCUAAUGAAUAGGAUUAUCUCUACCAUUUUGAAAGCUGGUCAUCAGGUUAAAAGUGCUAGUGAAGGAAUAAACAUGAUAAAAGAGAGGGUUUCCAAGCACAAAUUGCUUCUUGUCCUUGAUGAUAUAGACGACAAGUUUGAGUUCGAUAAGAUUCUAGGAAAAUUAAGUGAUUUUUCCGCAGGAAGUCGAUUUAUAUUUACGACAAGGUAUAAGAGGGCUUUGGAUUUUAUUCCAGAAUGCAAGUUCUAUGAACCGAAAGAAAUGAGUCGACAUCUUUCCUUGCAACUUUUUUGCAAACAUGCUUUUGGGAUAAACAAUCCUCCAGAGGAAGAUGCGGAAAUAUGUGACGAAUUUGUGGAAGUUGCUGCUGGACUUCCUUUAGCUCUCAAGGUGAUAGGGUCACUUUUGUUUCAUAGAGGGAGGGAAUUUUGGGAAGAAAAGUUGAAAGAAUAUAGAGGCAUUGCUUCUACUACUGAAAAUGUGUUGCAAGAGAGAUUGAAGAUUAGCUACAAUGACUUGUCGCACAAUGAAAAACAAAUCUUUCUUGACAUCGCAUGUUUUUUUAUUGGUGAAGAGAAAGAUUUACCUUACUACAUGUGGAGUGGGUGCGAUUUUUAUCCAGAAAGUGGAAUCGACACUCUUAUUCAUAGAUCUUUGAUGAAACUCGAGGAAAACAACCGAUUUUGGAUGCACGAUCACAUCAAAGAUCUUGGGAGAGCCAUUGUUAAAGAGGAAGAUGUUCGACAUCCAUACAACCGCAGUAGGAUAUGGUCUACUGACGAUGCCCUCGACAUGUUAAGGAAUAGACAGGGAAGUGAACGGUUGGAAGCUAUUCAAAUACAUGCCAACCAUAACGAGAUGCUUGAAAGCCAGAAUUUUGAGAAACUAUCAGGUUUAAGAUAUUUGGAUGUGCGAUAUGGGCAGAUGAUGGGGGAUUUCAGUCAGGAUAACUGGAAGGGUUGGAGCGGAGUAAAGGCGGCAACAAAGCUGAAAGCAUUAAAUCUAGUCGGGUGCUCGAUGCUGACAAAAUCUCCUGACAUGUCCAGAUGCACAAGCCUUGAGUUUAUCAACUUUACGUGGUGUCACAAAAUGGAAGGACAGAUACACAUUGGCAAAUUCAAGAAUCUGAAAAAGCUGAUACUCCACGAAACCGCCAUAACGGAGUUAGUCAUUAGUGGCGGUGACAUUGGAAACCUUCAACGACUGGAGGUGAUGGACGUGAGUAAGACCGGUUUGACAGAAUUGCCUGCCGGGAUGGAAAACUUGUCCUCUCUCAAAAUCUUGUCGUUAGGAUCGACUUUGUGGCAGGCGACAAACUACUGGAUCUGGAUGGAGAUACCCAGGCUUCCGAGGAGCUUAAAGAUGUUAUCCAUUUUGUGUCCAUCAUUUGGGGUCCCAAAUCUGCUAGAGCUCAAGGAGUUGGAAUUCCUUAUCUGCGAUCAGGGCUAUUGGUUCCUCGACGACUUUUGGCGGCUUCCCAAUUUGAAGGAAUUGAAUCUGAAGGGCCGCAUGUUUAGCUGCCCUAACUAUGGUCCACUGCUGCGGCAGGACCAGGACGAGGGGGCAACUUCCCUUGCUGCUACUGCUGCUCAGGCAUCUAUAACCAGCCUUAAAGUCGUUGGUUGCUCAGAUUUGAAUGAACUCCCCAGCCUAGAGAAUUUGUGCAAUCUGACCCAGCUCAGAGUCUCACGUGUCCAGGUGGCCGAGAUUCGCGGCCUGGGAGAGCUGAGGGCGCUGGAGAAUAUGGUGAUAAGCGAUUGCUCGAAUCUGAACAGCCUCAACGGACUUGAGAAUCUGCUCCUGCUCAAGAGCCUGACCUUGAGGUCCGUCAAUCUGGAGAGGCUGCCGAGUCUAGCGAAUUUGUGCAAUCUUACCCUGCUCAGACUCUCAGGUGUCCAGGUGGCUGAGAUUCGCGGCCUGGGAGAGCUGAGGGCGCUGGAGACUAUGGUGAUAAGCUAUUGCUGGAAUCUGAACAGCCUCAACGGACUUGAGAAUCUGCUCCUGCUCAAGACCCUGACCUUGACUUCCGUCAAUCUGGAGAGGCUUCCGAGUCUGGCGAAUUUGAGCAAGUUGAAGGAUCUGGAUGUUAGCUACUGCCGGAAUCUCGUCGAAAUCCAAGGCAUGGACGGCCUCGGGGAGUCUUUAUCCCGUAUGAGAAUCGAGGAAUGUCCCCGCUUGGAAAGCAUGGAUGGACUUCAACUUCUGGGAGCAUUGGAAGAAUUGACGUUCUUCAACCAAUUGUUUGGUCAGGAACCAUUUCUUGAUCUCCCCGGUCUCGUCAAUCUGAAACGGUUGAACAUCCGCUGGUGUCAAGAGUUGACGGAGGUUAAAGGGUUGGAGAGAUUGGUGUCAUUAGAACUGCUGAGUAUGACGCGUUGCCCUUCGAUCCGACAGCUGCCUGGUCUGUCCGAGCUCAGCAAUCUCAAGGAAUUAUCCCUCUACGAUUGCGGAAGCUUGAUUGAUCUUGCGGGGAUCAACAGGUUGGAGUCGUUACAGAAGCUAAGACUGGAGAAGUGUCUUUCAAUCACGAGGCUGCCCAACUUAUCCGGCCUCAAGAAUUUGGAGAGUUUGGAACUUAAGGGAUGCAUAAAGCUGACUGGGUUGGAGGGAGUCGAGGGACUGGAGUCGUUAAAGGAGCUGGACUUGCAUGAUUGCAGGUCAAUUACGGAGUUGGGAAAUCUGUCUGGUCUCAAGAAUUUGUGGAGGCUUGAUAUUUUGUGCUGCACUAAACUAAUCGAGGUCAAUGGACUUGAUGAGUUGGAGGAGUUACGGUACCUAGGGAUGGAGAGAAGGAUGAGGAGGAGGAUGAGGAGGAGGAAGAGAAUUAUGAGAGUGAAGCGUUUGGCGAAAUCGGCUGCUGCUAGAUUCGGGAACAGGCUUUGCUGCAUUCGUCCUGGGUAUAACACAGCAACUGCUGCUGGGACGACUACUUCGUCUGCUGCAAACUGCGCUAUCAUCAAAGCCUAGUAAUUUAUUCAUUGUGUGUUGAUGGUGACCAGAGGACAAGUAAUUGUUCAAUCCCAACUUAAAACAACUAGAUUCGUCAAAAAAAAUACUACUAUCAAUUAUCUAAAAUCAUAAUUCAUUUAUAAUAAUGUAUUGGUUCGGUUGAUAAAUUGCAAAAGAUCACAAAUCGGAGGCAAUGUAUUAAACACACUCAGCGAUAUGAUAGCCUCAAUCAUAUUAUGAUAAUCAACAUAAUUAAUGAAAUUUAUCUUGUAAGUUUUGCGAUGAAUAUGAUCAAAUCAAAUAAAGUUUAUUUUAUUGGUUGGAAAUUUUACACUGUAAUAAUACGGGACUUGCAAGUUGCGUGUUUGAAUCCUAGUAAUAAUUAUUUAUAUCUUUGUUUAUAUAUAAUAAGUGUUGAGUUAAAAAAAAAACAAGCUGAAAUAAUAAGAGUGACGUUGAAAAUCAAUGCUGACGUGGAUGCAUGAGAAUUCAGAAAACUUAAAAUGGUCAAGUAUGAUUUGGUAAAGUGUGUAAUAUAUUGGAUUGAUUGAUUAAUGGUUGAUAAUUGAUUGAUGAUAUCUACAUUUAAUUUUAUUAUAUUGGAGAAGAAAUGUGCAUUUACAUAGAAAACAAAUCCAUGUAUGUUUGCUUAUAUUUUAAGUAUUUAUGAAACUCACUUGUCACAACUUCAUAAAUCAUCUCCAUUAAAAAAAACUUCAUAAAUCAUCUACUCAUUUUUUAAUAAGGAUUCCUACUUCACAAAUUUGGUGAAAUGGAAAAACUUGUGUACCCUUACAUUAGGUAUUUUUACUCAUUAAAAGGUCCUAAGGUAAUUAUCAUUAGAGUGAUAAGAAAAUUUAUAAUCCUCGUAUUUUCUCGGUUUACCCUUUUUAAGAAUUUGCGUCGUCGCUCUCUUCAACUCUGUUCUUUGUUCUAUGAUCAAUGACAAUUUACCGUUGUGUAAUUAGGAUAAUGAUAUGAUAUUUUGGCUAACAAAUCGCCCGACUCUGAUGACAUAAACUCGAUAAGUAAAUGUCGGAAAACGAAGCAUUGUCAUAUUAAAAUAAAAGAUUUCAAGGGCUUAGAUAGUAGAUAUAAUAUAUAAGAGAGGGUCGGAUGAACAUUUUCGUUAAUAUAAGGUUUAAUAUUUUCGUAUGGCCUGAACUUUGACCAAAAUAAACAUCCUGACCAAUCUUUUAGAUCUAUAACAUCCUGGCCCGAACUAUACACCAAAAUAAACAAUUUGGCCAGAUCGACUUUUGACAGUUAACUUGGACGGUCAAACGCGUUGAUCGUUAGUCAACGUGCCAUGUCACUGCCAAGUCAGCAUAAAAUAUUUAGAAUAAU